AGCGACAGAGGGAACAGCCAGCGCCUGCCAUCGCCAUGGGCCCCGCCGCCUGCGUUCUCCUACUGUCCCUGGCCGCACUGCGCGCGUCGGGCCAGGGCCAGAACCCACUGGGCGGAGACUUGGCUCCGCAGAUGCUGCGGGAGCUUCAGGAGACUAACGCCGCGCUGCAGGACGUGCGAGAGCUGCUGCGGCAGCAGGUGAAGGAGAUCACGUUCCUGAAGAACACGGUGAUGGAGUGUGACGCGUGCGGGAUGCAGCCCGCACGCACCCCCGGCCUGAGUGUGCGGCCGCUGCCCCGAUGCACGUCCGGCUUCUGCUUCCCCGGCGUGGUCUGCACCGAGACGGCGGGCGGCGCGCGCUGCGGCUCCUGCCCCGCGGGCUUCACUGGCAACGGCUCGCACUGUACCGACGUUAAUGAGUGCACCGCGCACCCCUGCUUCCCACGUGUGCGCUGCGUCAACACCAGCCCGGGCUUCCGCUGCGAGGCCUGCCCGCCGGGGUACAGCGGCCCCUCCCACGAGGGCGUGGGGCUGGCCUUCGCUAAGGCCAACAAGCAGGUAUGCACGGACAUUAACGAGUGUGAAACAGGGCAGCAUAACUGCGUCGCCAACUCUGUCUGCACCAACACCCGGGGCUCCUUCCAGUGUGGCCCCUGUCAGCCGGGCUUCGUGGGCGACCAGACGUCUGGUUGCCAGCGGCGCGCACAGCGCUUCUGCCCCGACGGCUCGCCCAGUCAGUGCCACGAAAAGGCAGACUGUGUCCUGGAGCGCGACGGCUCUCGGUCGUGUGUGUGCGCCGUUGGCUGGGCUGGCAACGGGCUCCUCUGUGGCCGCGACACCGACCUAGACGGUUUCCCCGACGAGAAACUGCGUUGCACGGAGCGCCAGUGCCGGAAGGACAACUGCGUGACGGUGCCCAACUCAGGGCAGGAGGACGUGGACCGUGAUGGCAUCGGUGACGCUUGCGACCCUGAUGCGGAUGGCGACGGGGUCCCCAAUGAGCAGGACAACUGCCCUCUGGUGCGAAACCCAGACCAGCGGAACUCGGACAAUGACAAGUGGGGCGAUGCCUGCGACAACUGCAGGUCCCAGAAGAAUGAUGACCAAAAGGACACCGACCAGGAUGGCCGGGGUGACGCCUGUGAUGACGACAUUGAUGGCGACCGGAUCCGCAAUGUGGCAGACAACUGUCCCCGGGUGCCUAACUCUGAUCAGAAGGAUGGUGAUGGCGAUGGUGUGGGGGAUGCUUGUGAUAACUGUCCCCAUAAGGACAACCCAGACCAGAGGGAUGUGGACCAUGACUUUGUAGGAGAUGCUUGUGACAGUGACCAAGACCAGGAUGGGGACGGGCACCAGGACUCUCGGGACAACUGCCCCACAGUGCCCAACAGUGCCCAGCAGGAUUCAGACCAUGAUGGGCAGGGUGAUGCCUGUGAUGAUGAUGACGACAAUGAUAGAGUCCCUGAUAGUCGAGACAAUUGCCGUCUGGUGCCUAACCCUGGCCAGGAGGACUCGGACAGGGACGGCGUGGGUGACGCGUGCCAGGGCGACUUCGAUGCUGAUAAGGUUGUAGACAAGAUCGACGUGUGUCCAGAGAAUGCUGAGGUCACCCUCACUGACUUCCGGGCCUUCCAGACCGUAGUGUUGGACCCGGAAGGCGAUGCUCAGAUUGAUCCCAACUGGGUGGUGCUCAACCAGGGGAUGGAGAUCGUACAGACAAUGAACAGCGACCCUGGCCUGGCUGUGGGUUACACAGCCUUCAAUGGUGUGGACUUCGAGGGCACGUUCCAUGUGAACACGGCCACUGAUGACGACUAUGCAGGCUUCAUCUUCGGCUACCAAGACAGCUCGAGUUUCUAUGUGGUGAUGUGGAAGCAGAUGGAGCAGACAUACUGGCAGGCCAACCCCUUCCGUGCUGUGGCUGAGCCUGGCAUCCAGCUCAAGGCUGUGAAGUCUUCCACGGGUCCCGGGGAGCAGCUACGAAAUGCACUGUGGCAUACGGGGGACACAGCAUCACAGGUGCGGCUGCUAUGGAAGGAUCCCCGCAAUGUGGGUUGGAAGGACAAGACAUCUUACCGUUGGUUCCUCCAGCACCGGCCUCAAGUGGGCUACAUCAGGGUGCGAUUCUAUGAGGGUCCUGAGCUGGUGGCUGACAGCAAUGUGGUUCUGGACACCACCAUGCGUGGUGGCCGGCUGGGUGUCUUCUGCUUCUCCCAGGAGAAUAUCAUCUGGGCCAACCUCCGAUACCGCUGCAAUGACACCAUCCCUGAGGACUAUGAGACCCACAGACUUCGGAGUGCCUAGGGACUGGAGUGGAGACUCUCUGCCUGAUGGAGGAUGGCUGCUUUACACCAUGGGUGGUUUGGAGCCUGGCAUUGGCCUGGAUGGCCAGCUGAGGGUGGGGUGGGUCAGAGAGGCUAAUAAAGUAUUGUGCGGGGA